GGGGAAUCCUGCUUGCCAAGGUUACACGCCCCUUCGGUAACGCACUCCUCGUAUCUUAUCCCAGGUCAACCUCUACAACCUCAUUGCCCAUUGCCUUCUUCAACCGUAGUGUCAAUCUUCUGUCUACGAAUCUCACUAGCAUUGCGUACAAAUCGAUCAAUAUGCUUCUCAUAGGCCUCACUAAGUCUAUCACGACCGGCAAAUCAUCAUAUGACUGAUAGAGUGUUGCGCCUUCCUCGAAGUACCUCGCGUUAUUACGCUGCUCCCGCGAUCGACAGCGACCACGCACCCUGGAGCCAGAACCAGGGUGGUUUCCACCAGUCCGAGAUUGUGUGUAUCUUGAACGCGCUGUGCGCGAAUGCGGAUACGUACGCUUUCACUGAGUACGACUACUAUUUUGGGGGAGUGAUGUCGGACUAUUGGGCGAACUUUGUCAAGACGUUGGAUCCGAUUAUCGUGGGAUCGGGGUAUGGUGGGAACUUGACGAGGUGAGAAACAAAUGAUUGGAUAUGCGGGUUGGGGAUGGGUUUGGGACCACGAAGGUCGCGGAGCCGGAUGGAUCUGAUGAUGAAGUGUUUCGCUCAGCAGAGCCCGUACCGAAAUGCGAUGAAGAAGUCUGCUACUGGGAGAUCCUGCCUGUCCAAGCCGCGACGUAUGAUGAGGUACUCGAGCUUUCGAAGAAGUCAAUGGCAGACGUGGUGAUGCCUGGCUACGUGACGACGGUCAAGAUACACCCAAAGCUCGAACACGCCAUUGCAAGAAAUUAGUUGGGAAAAGCCUGGGGCUGAGAGGGAAAAGGGAUGAGAGGAGGACUGAUGCUCUUGGUAGCUAAAGACCAGUCAAUUGCCUGCCCAUCUGCA